GUAGCUGCUAUAGGGAUAAGAAGCCCGGAAACUUUGCUCCGGUACAGGGUUUCAGGAGAUAGUAAGUCUCCCAACUGGAAGAAGAAAACAGCCACAACAGGAUAUAAAUGUGGUAAACAGAGGGAGCCAGGAAAGAGAUGGAACUCCGUGGUUUGGGGCUCAAGGGGGACACUGAGGUAGACACUUCCUUUGGCCCGCCGGGCGGUGGUAGCGAACGCCUUUAAUCCCAGCACUCGGGAGGCAGAGGCUGAAGGUUCGAGACGCAGCCAUUGCUGACUACGGAAAUGGCCUUGGCCCAGCAACCGGAACCAGAAACUGACCGGCCACCGCACAAACGCCCCCUAACGACCAGCAAACCCUGGAGGGUAGCUCAUGGGAAGCGGCCGGGCUUUUCCGGGAAAACACUUAACCGCGGAGAGAACCAGAGCGCGGAGGGGAGGGAAGGCCAGCCCUCGCGGCGGGUGUGGCUCUGCAUCCCCGCGGGGGCCUUCUCGCGCAGGCGCAGACCUUCUCCGCUCAGAAACCACACGUCACCGGUGAGAAGCUGUGCCGAGCCCAACAUGAGCUUCACUUCCAAGCUGCUACCUAUCUCUGCCUCUUGCGGAGCGUCCGGCAACACGUAGCCCUUCACCAGGAAUUUCAUGGCAGGGGCGAGCGUUCGUUGGAG